CCGGACUUGAUCGUGUCGUGCUCUGAGAUGGAGCUUUGUCACCUCUGCAUCUCUCACAUCUGCUUCUUACACAUACUUGUCUGUUUCUUUAUAAUAGCGUCUCGCGCAUCUUCCCGCCAAUCUAUCGAACCCACAACCCACCACGCCCCACCCCGCCACCAUGCCAUCUCUCCUCUGGAAAAUCCAGAACGUCCUCACCGACCUCGCGCACACCCCAAUGCUGCCCCCUCCCCCGCCCCCGCCGACCGUAGAGCUUUCCCCGGUCUUCUCCACGCCAUCGCCCUCCCUCCGCUUCCCGAGCUCCGCGUCAUACACAAUCGGCAGCGGGAGCGAGGCGAGCAGCUUCGAGAUCGACGCCGAGGCCGCGCCGGCCGUGCGCGACAUGGUACGUUGUCGAUCGUCUGUGCUGACCCCAGAUCGCUGCCGCGACGCGGGACAAGCUGGGCGCGUAGGGCGUAGCAGGCUCAGGCUGAGCAUGGGCAUUUCCGGAUGGUAUAAUAACCGCAUAUAAUACGCAAUCUACAUGUAUUCAACUUGUAAUAUUUC